AUGUCUGAAAAAGGUACACUCGACUUCUACUUCUCGAUAAAAAAAGCUUAUGUUGCUACACAAGCGAGUCCAUGUGAAUCGAUUCAAUCAACUAUUAAUGAAUAUUCGUCUGAGCAAGUCUUGAAUUCGAACAAUUUUACAACAUCAUCUUCCAUAUCUUCAUCAUCGACGUCGACAACACCAGCAAUAACUCUUGAUGUUAAUGAUGAAUCAAUUCUCCAAUGUUCACAAGCAGCUGGUGGUGGUGUAAUCUCCGUCGAAUCUGUUCAACGAGAUCCAUCACGUGGUCCAACGUUCGCAAAGGAAUUUGCCUCACUUGGACCAUAUCAACCAAAAUAUAAAUAUCCAACUGUUGAACAACGACAUUUUUGUCAUCAAUGGUUUCAAAAAUACCAAUGGCUUGAAUAUAGUAUUACAAAUGAUAAAACUUACUGUUUUGUUUGUCGAUUUGCUUAUGAUCCAGUGAAGUCUGAUAAAGCAUUUACAGUCAUUGGUUUCAAUAACUGGAAAAAAGGUAUUGAAAAGUUCGACAAACACCAAUCAACCGUUUCACACAAACAAGCACAUGAAACUUGGAUAACUACCGAAAAGAAUCGAAUUAAUAACACGAGUGUAUUAAAGCAAAUUAAUCGACAAUUUAGUGAACAAGCCGAAGAAAAUCGUCUUUACUUAAAAGAAAUCAUUCGAACGGUCAUGUUUCUAGGUAAACAAUGUUUAUCUUUUCGAGGUCAUCGUGAAGACGAAGAAGCCGAAAAUCGUGGUAACUUUCUUGAGUUACUUCAACUUCGUAGUCGUGAUAAUGAUAUUAUCAAAAAAAAUCUUUCCUCGUUGAAAUUCACUGAUCAUAAAAUCCAAAAUGAACUACUGAUAUUAAUUCAAGAAAACAUUACUAAACAAAUUGUAUCGGAUAUAAAGAAAUCCAAAUAUUUUUCAGUUAUGAUUGACGAAACAACAGAUAUUUCGAGACAUCAACAGGUGUCAUUAGUUAUUCGGUACGUCGACGAUUUCUUCAAUGUUUUUGAACGUUUUAUAGGCUUCGAACGGACAUUUGACACAACAGGUGAAAGCUUAUUUAAUUUAUUAGUAUCGUGGAUUAAACAACUCGAUUUGGAUAUUGGAAAUAUUGUUGGUCAAUGUUACGAUGGCGCUAGCUCUAUGCGUGGUGAAUAUAAAGGUACUGCAGCUCGAAUGAGACAAUUGGCACCAAAGGGUAUGUGGUAG